AUGAAUGUAAGUAUCAACCCCGCUAAACUCGUCACACCUACUCUACACAAUCCAGAUCAUUCCCCGGGCUGACUCGCCCUCCAGCUAGAACAAUAACCACUCAAAUUACCACAGGAACCUCCUCUUAUAUAUAAUGGCAGAACCAAAAGGUCCAAGCCCUCAAAACUCCCAACCCCCCCCCAAAGCCAGAAACCCCCACUAACCAUCCCACUCUCCAUGCAACAGCACUCGAAAGCUCCCUCGCAAAACUAAGUCUCUCCACCCAAUCCUCCAAAGCCACCGGGUCCUCCAAAAAGAAGCAAUCCCAACCCGCCGACUCCUGGGAAGACGAAGCCAACAACUCGUCCGGCGAAGAAUCUUCCCAGCCCCCGCAACCCGCUGAUUUCCCCGACGCUCCCCCGCCCACGCCCGCCUCUCCCACGGCCUUCAAGAACCAGAUGUUCACGAAUCCGUAUGGGUAUUCGGCCGAUGGGAGCAGUGAUGCGAGGGCGGAGCGCGUGCGGAGACCGGAGAAGACGGAUGCGGUGGCGAAGCGGAUGAUUGCUGGGGCGUUGGGGGUGAAGGCUCCGAAGAAGACGGAGGAGCAGAAGGCGUAUGAUAGGGCGAUUAAGGAGAAGGAGAUUAAGAGGAGGAAUGCGGAGAAGGAGGAGAAGAAGCGGGAGGAGGAGAUGGCGGAGAAGGCUAAGGCUGCUAUUUGGGAGGAUUGA